AUGGCAGAGACGACCAGUAUACGUCCCAUCCACAAGAUGCUGGAGCGAGCCAAUGUCCUCAAAUCCUUCUCCACAGCUAGCGGCAUCCUAGAUAAUGGCUGCGGUCCCGGUCUGGUCAUGACAUACCUACUCCGAGACUAUGGCAGUCAGAUAUCAAAAGACUGCACCCUGACCUGCUCAGACUUCAGCGAGGGCAUGGUCAAGCAAGUGCAAGUCUCGAAGGAGAAGUACACGGCAGCCGAUCCGAACUCCCCUUGGGCCCGCCUCGACACAAAAGUACAGAACGCGAUGGAUCUGAAGGAAAUUGCCGACGGAAGUCAAAGUCAUAUUACCGCCGGGUUCGUGUACUUCAUGACCCCAGAUCCACAGAAGUCCCUGAGCGAAUCACUUCGCGUACUUUCGCCGUCUGGCGUCCUUGCACUCUCUGCGUGGAAAAGCAGCCAAUGGCUCGAUCUCAUGAACUUGUUGACAGAGGUCCGACCAGACAAAAUCUUGCCUACUCUACCCGAAGCCUGGACAUCCACGGGAGGAAUUGAAGGAGAGAUGAGAAAGGCCGGCUUCAAGGACAUUGAGACAUACGAGGUUGUAGUCGAUAUGCCAUACCAAAGCUAUGAUUCCUUUGCAGACUUCAUGAUCACCAAGAUGCCGCAUAUCAUCGCAUUGAGCAAGGACAUGAGUAAGGAGGAGAUGGCGAAGUACAAAGAUCUUUUCAUCGAGAAGAUGAAGGGCAUGUGCGCAACUGAGCCUGGUGUACUUCACGGCAUGUCGCUGGUCGCACUUGGGAGAAAGUAG